AUGGGCAAGAUCAUUUUUUACGAAGACAGGAACUUUCAAGGAAAGUCCUAUGAAAGUUCUGGGGACAGCGCAGAUCUACAUUCAUUUCUCCCCCGCUGCAACUCAAUCCGGGUACUGACCGGCUGCUGGGUGAUUUACGAACGUUCUAACUACAUGGGACACCAGUACUACCUGAAGAAGGGAGAAUAUCCUGACUACCAGAGCUGGCUGGGUCUGAAUGACUCCAUUAGAUCUUGUCAUUCAAUUCCACAACAUCAUGGCUCUUACAAAAUAAGACUGUACGAGAGAGAGGACUUCCGUGGCCAAAUGAAGGAGUAUGUAGGCGACUGCUCUAACAUCCAUGAAAGCUUCGGGGUACAUGAUGUGUUGUCCUGCAAUGUUCUGGAAGGAUACUGGAUCCUCUUUGAGCAGCCUGGCUUCCGGGGAAACCAAUACUUCCUGAGGCCCGAUGAGUACCGGAGAUACAGUAACUGGGGAGCCUCAAAUUCCAGAGUUGGAUCUUUGAAAAGAAUAAUGGAUUUCUAUUGA